AUGGCCGUGCUUGUGACCACCAGCCUGGGCGAUCUUGUAAUCGAUCUAGAUUGUCAAAGCCAGGUAGCAUACAGCUUUCUAAAGCUUUGCAAGAUCAAAUACUACGACGGCUGCUUAUUUCACAGCGUCCAAAGGGAUUUUGUAGCGCAAGCAGGCGAUCCAACCGGCGCGGGAUCUGGUGGCGACUCCAUCUUCAAAUUGCUGGGGAGAGAUAGCCCAGCUGGAAAAUCGAGUAUGAAGCACGAUGAUAUUGGAAUGGUGGCGACGCCAAACCCCAAUGGCUCGCAGUUCUACAUCGCCACAAGAGGCCAUGGUUUGGAAUACCUGGAUGAGAAACACGUCGUGUUUGGAAAGGUGGCGGAGGGUCUCGACACCCUAGAGAAGAUCAACGAGGCGUACGUUAAUGAAAGCUUCAGGCCGUACAAGGACAUCCGGAUCAAGAGCGUUGCUAUCCUGGACGAUCCAUUCGAUGAUCCGGAAGGGCUUUACUCGCUAAAGAUUCCGCCAUGCGAGCAGAAAAACGUCGUGACAACUCUGGACGAUGGUUGGAACCCUACGAUCGACGAGACAAAGAUGGAGAUCGAGAACAGAGCUCGGGAGGCGCGGAGCAGAGCCGUGGUGCUCGAGAUGGUGGGGGAUAUUCCAGAUGCGGAGAUGAAGCCCCCGGAAAACGUCCUGUUUGCGAGGAAUCUCAACAGGGUGACGGAGGAGGAGGACCUGGGGCUCAUAUUCCAGAGGUUUGGAAAGGUGGCGGAGGCGAGCAUUAUUCGGGAUCACAAGACUGGGGAGAGCCUCUGCUAUGGUUUCAUUGAGUUUGCAAACAGGGAGUCUUGUGAGGAGGCUUACGUGAAAGUUGGCGGAAAGGGAGGCUUGCUGAUUGAUGACCGGUGGGUUCAAGUUGAUUUCAGCCAGAGCUUGGUGGCAUUCAUUUGCAUGCCAACAAAAAGAAUGCCAACUAAUUCGCUUGGAGCGCAUGUCUUGGAGCAAAUACAACAUAAAAAUCAACAUGGACAUCAUGUGAAGAUUCUACUCUUGGCAGCGGGGAAUAUGCCAAUCUUGGUCUUGAUGGUGGCGGGAAAGGAGUUCCAUGCCGACCGGCUGCUGUCGGUGGCGCCACCGGCCCGGCCGGCGCACGCGCUUACAGCCGUUGGAUGGAGACCCCUAAACGAUUUGAAUUUGGGGGGCUGUGAGCCGUCGGAUUAG